CUCUCUCUCUCUCUCUCUCUCUCUCUCUCUCUCUCUCUCUCUCUCUCUCUCUCUCUCUCUCUCUCCACAAACCCCGAUUUUCUCUUCCCUCCACCCACCCCUCCUCCACUCCACCAGCACUGCACCGUUGGACAAGAAUGGCGAGAGUGAUGCAUAAUCAAAGCAAUAAAUGUAUCAAUCAAUCAAGUACGGCGAGUCCCAAGAGGCGAGACAGUCCGGCAUCUUGGAGCGGGGACUGUUUGUUGUUUACCACGCUGACGCUACUGCCAGUGUUCCUCCGACAAGCAGACGUGAAGGAUGUACUGCUGCUGAGUGUCUUGACCCCGGUGGCCUGGUGUCCUUAGCCAUGUUCGGAGGCGGCGAGGACGCGGCGCACCCUGGGGGUCUGCGCGCCGCCUUCCCUGUGGCGGAGAACGGCACGGAGGACAAAUACUACAAGAAAUACAACGCCAUUUUACGGAGAUGCAGCGGCGUGCAGAAGGAGAACGAGAUGCUGGUGAACCGAGUGCAUCUGGUGAAGAAGAUGGUGCAGCGCCUGAGGAGGGAACGCAGGUACUUGAUGGAGGAGCUGGACAGGCGUGGGGACAAUUACAGGUCCUUGCCUCUCACUAUUGCUAUUGAGGAAGAUGAGAAGUCCUUUGCUCUUCCACAGCAGACUUCCAGCCUUCCAGCGCUGGGGCGGCCGAGGAGCUCUGGGUCGUCCCUCAACAGCCGGAGACAGCCACAGGUCAAGAGGGAGAGAGUGGAGCGCGACACACCUGCCCCCAAUCCCAAGCGUCCCAGCAAUGCCUUCCUGCAUUUCUGUCAGGAGCAGCGCGAGGCAGCCACGGCCCACCACCUCCACCAGACUGGCCGCAUGCCAGACAAGAAGCAGCUCACUAGACAGCUUGCCUCACGCUGGAAUGCUCUCCCUGAUGAUGAUAAGAAGAUGUACGUGGAGAAAUACGAGAGAGAAAGAGAAAGAUAUUCUGGAGACAAGACGGCGUGAAGGCAGGAACACCCAGGAGAUGCUUGGUCACGUUCCUCACAUGGCUGGUAGAAUGUGGGGUCGUCGGCCACACUGGUGAUGCAUCUUCACUUUGUGCAGUCAAGCCUCUCACUACAGACUGGCUCGCUGGCCUCUUGGGUCCAUAGCUACACUGGCCCCUUUCCUUAUUCUUUGCCGCAAGAGUAUUAAUGUACGAGGUUUAUCAGUUCAUACGUAAGCAAUUAUUUAUUUGUACAUAACUUCAUUGGUACAUUUACAGAAAACUGACCCAAAAAAUUCCUUUAUAUCAUGAAAGCAAGGAUAGGUAUCCAUAUAUCAUUUAAGUAGUUAAGUAAGAAUUAUUCACAUGUCUCCAGUGAAAUUUUUAGUGUACUAAGUAAGCCACAGGUAUUACUGAUGUAUUCUGGCAAAUGACGUAAUUUUUCUUGAGAGGACUGGCAGGAAUAGCAGCAUACAACAUCUCAGUGCUGGAAUCACACUUACCACACAUUCGGCUAUAUCAAAAUAGACGUUUCAUUGCAUUAUAUAGAAUCAAAGCUGGCCAAGGAAUGUUCAAUUAGCAAAAUCCUAAGUACUACAGAGUAAUGUAAACUAACUUACCUUUACAUAGCACCACACUAAACUAUAGAUAAGCAUCAGUACAAUUUUGCAAUUUGCUCCAUUAAGAAUAUUCAAAGUAUGUGUUUAUUAGUUCUAACAGAAUUAUUUGGGUCUUAGUUCUAACAGAAUUAUUUGGGUCUGUUUUCAGAAAAUUAGCCUUAGUAAAUAAAUAGUUACUCACUUUUUUUUUUUUUUUUUUUUUUUAAUGUAUCCUGGAAGUUGCAUCUUAUAAUUUCCUAUUGUUAGAUUCUGACCCACUUCCUAUGACUGGCAACACACUUCUAAUAUUCAUGGAAGGAACCGACUGUGAAUCUUUAAUGUAGUUGUUUCCUACUAUGCUCUAGGACAAACAAAUAAGAAAGACGACAAGAUGAGAGAGAGAGAGAGAGAGAGAGAGAGAGAGAGAGAGAGAGAGAGAGAGAGAGAGAGAGAGAGAGAGAGAGAGAGAGAGAGAGAGAGAGAGAGUGACACGGGGAAGGGGGGAGAAAGAGACAAAUUCUGCCAACGACAACUCCCAUGUGUCACCUGUCAUAGGAUCAGAUCAGAAUCUGUGUAAUUAGGCCUGCAGGCACACUGGUGGAGUCUCACUUUCUAGCCUGCAAGUUGUGCCAGAAAUACAUAAUAUUGUUCUUUGAUCACUCCCACCACUCAUUAUCAUCUGUACCUCAUCAGGAAGGAAACCUCUACAUAAGUAUGCUGUAGUUUGUGAAUGGAGAAUUAUGUAUUACAAAUGAUAACCAAGCAUUACAGCAUUAUGUGCUUCCUGUAUGUCAUAAUUCUUCAUGACUUGAACACUGGAAUCAUUGUUCAGGUUGCAAUUUUUAAAACGUAAAAAUAAUAAAUAAUCAAGAAUGUUCCAUAAUCUUUUAGCAGAGAACCUUUUAAUCAGCAUUACUAUUAAAGGUACAAUUCUGUUACCAGGAAAACAUCAGUAGGCAUUCCUGCAUAGAGGUUACAAAGGUGGUGGUAUAUAAAUGUUCACGUAACCAUGGCUGAAUAAUUGCUGGGACAUACAACGUUUGGCUUCAGUCGUGACACCAAGAGGCUUGACUCCAUAUUGCACACAUAACUGAUUCACAAGCUACAUUGGUCUGAAUUUUAAAAAACUUACAAUUAGCAUUGUCAUGUAUUAAAAAGUUGUUUUUACCCCUUUUAUCACUACAAACAUUUAAAAUUUUAAAAGAAAACGGAGAAGCAGCAACAAAAAACAAUACUGCACGAGUCAAAUAUUGCAAAGAGAGCAUCACUGGAAGGGAGGGAGACAACUAGAGAUCUUUGUCAUGUCAUGUCUGUACGUAUAAAAAUUUAAAAGUACACCACACGGAGGUGCUGAUAUAAGCAGGAAAGUCCUCUAGUUGCUCACACUGGGUAAGAUGGAUCAACUUUUCAAUAAACUUAACAAGGGGGACAGAAAGACUGGCAGGUCUUUCUUCAACACAAGUGGAUGUGUUCAGAGUGUAAGUACGAUGCCAGGACUGCCAGAUCCAGAUGAAGAUAUAAAACAUGACUAAAGGAACACCUGACAAGUACACGUACACACACACACACACACACACACACACACACACACACACACACACACACACACACACACACACACACACAC